AGACAGUCAACCCGAGACCCCUUAUAGAUUUAAAAAGAGAGGCUGCAUUCUCAGACUGACACUUAUUCAACACUGCCACCUUAAGCAGAUUACUUUUGCGCUGCUCGUGUCAAAUACGUGCUUCACUUUGCCUCUCCAUCAUGUUUAGGAUGCUGAAACACCACCUCCACCCGGGCAUUUUUCUCUUCUUCAUAUGGCUUUGUCACCUCAUGGAACAUCAAAAAGUUCAAGCCGGGAACUGCUGGUUGCAGCAGGGGAAGAACGGGAGGUGCCAGGUGCUGUACAUGCCCGGUAUGAGCAGGGAGGAGUGCUGCCGGAGCGGAAGGCUGGGGACGUCCUGGACCGAGGAGGACGUCCCUAACAGCACGCUCUUUAGGUGGAUGAUCUUCAAUGGCGGAGCCCCCAAUUGCAUACCUUGCAAAGGUGGAGAAACCUGCGAUAAUGUUGACUGUGGGCCUGGGAAGAGGUGCAAGAUGAACAGGAGAAGCAAGCCGCGCUGCGUGUGCGCACCAGACUGCUCCAACAUCACCUGGAAAGGACCGGUCUGCGGCUCGGAUGGAAAGACCUACAAAGACGAAUGCGCACUGCUGAAGGCUAAAUGCAAAGGCCACCCUGACCUGGACGUGCAGUACCAGGGAAAGUGCAAGAAAACGUGCCGUGACGUCUUGUGCCCCGGCAGCUCCACGUGCGUCGUGGACCAGACAAAUAAUGCAUAUUGUGUGACGUGUAAUCGGAUUUGCCCCGAGGUGACGUCGCCUGAUCAGUACCUGUGUGGAAACGACGGGAUCAUCUAUGCCAGCGCGUGUCACCUGAGAAGAGCGACCUGCCUCCUGGGCAGAUCCAUCGGAGUGGCGUAUGAGGGCAAAUGCAUCAAGGCUAAGUCGUGUGAGGACAUCCAGUGCAGCGCCGGGAAAAAGUGUCUGUGGGAUGCUCGGAUGAGCCGAGGCCGCUGCUCACUGUGCGAUGAGACCUGUCCGGAGAGCAGGACGGAGGAGGCGGUGUGUGCCAGCGACAACACCACAUAUCCCAGUGAAUGUGCCAUGAAGCAAGCUGCUUGCUCUAUGGGUGCGCUGCUUGAGGUCAAGCACUCUGGAUCUUGCAACUCCAUCACAGAAGACCAGGAGGAGGAUGAGGAAGAUGAGGACUCAGACUACAUGGCCUAUGUCCAUUUAUCUUCUAUACUGGAUGGAUAGGCUCCCAUCAUUAGGGGAACAGUCCUAGGGCAAGGAACCAUGUCCAUACUGUACAUUAUGUGUAUGCUUAUUUAUUUUUUAAAGAAAAAGGAAGUAUACAUAUAGUUCAGUCUGCUAGAUGUUUAUUUAUACUUUUUUUGUGUUUUAUAAUUUAUACAUUUACAAUGUCAGGCUUACUAUCUACCAUGAUAUAUUGUGUUACCACUCAUUCCCCCCUUUUUUGUUGUUGUUGUCCCUUUUACUUUCUUUUUUUUUAUCAUGAAGAAAUAUAUUUGUCCAAAGAAAAGCAGUGUUAUUUAUUUGUCAUGUUACCGUGUAAGUAUAAGUCCUCUACAAGCUGUAAAUUGCAUUCCCUGAGCUGUACAAAUCUGCUUGUUUCUGUCAAAUCUCUAUCACAGAUGUUUAUGUCACACAUACGUAAAUGCAUGUUUAGGCUGUGUGUUUAUUUAUUGGGAAUAUAUCAAUCAUUUUAUGUACAUACAGUGUUUCUGGUUUGUUUACAACUCAUAAUAACUGACCAAAGGGAUUCUCUCAAUGGUUUAGCAAAAGAGCAUUGUACAAGGUGCAACACAGCAGUGAUGGAACGGAAGAGAAAAAAGAGCCAUUUGUUUUUCUUUUCUUCUUCUUUUUUUGUUUUUUUGUUGGUUAUUCCUCAGUUUCAUCCCUUUAGAUUUGUUUCCAUGCGGAGACGACAACUCUAGAAAAUUAUUCAAUAGCGUUUGUUUUAUCUCACCAGUUUAGAGCAGAGGUAAGUGUUGGAUGAUACUUGAUUAUUUGGGAAAUAAUGUGCCAUUAACAUUUGUGUGCUGUCUUCUUGCCAAUGUGCUCCAUAUUGCUCUCGCAGAGCUCCGAUAGGACUAAUGUACUGCAGUACUCGACACUAUAUCAGACUUCAUCGCUUUGGUUCUUUUUGUUUCGUUGUUUUUUUUUUUUUUGUUCUUUUCUCAGAAUGCAUUUUAUUUCAAACAUCACAAGAGAAAUACAAAAUUCUGUUAUGAAUAUAUAGUUUUGUAUUUUUUAUGUAAAUGUCAUAUGUACAUACAAAGUUUGAUGGUAUUUGUACAGAUAUGAAGAGUGAAACAAUAAAAGUUUUUUUCCUUAUA